UUCUUUUUUUUUCACUUUCGUUAUUCUGGUCAUUAUUUUUGGUCAUUCGUGUGUUUUUAUCUGCUCUUUGAUGUGUUUUUGCCCCUGGGUCAGAUCUAAGUCUCUCCAACUGGAUUUAGAAUAGGUACUGGUGAGAACAGCAACCCUGCCCCUCAGUGGAUCAUCGGCUGAGCAAAGAGGAUAACUCAUUCUUCGGACUAAUGCAGAUGGUCUCCAUCGCUCAGUGAAAUGGAGACAGAACCGUGUUGUGAAGAGCAGAGGGACUGUGUAUCGGAUCCCACAGAGCCUCAGAUAGCAGACGGCAUUUCUGAACUCACAGAGAGCAACUCUCUGACCAAGCUGCCUUGUGGGCCUGCAGAGGAAGGUGAAGAACUGGGUAAGAAAGAACCGUCUGAAACUGAGAGCCAUGCAGUGGAGAGUAAAUCCACUGAGAUAAAAGGCUCAGCUAACUGUGAGCAAGAGAGAGAAAAAGCAGAAUGCAAGAUAGAAAAGAAAUUAAGAAAAACAAAUAGCUGGAAGAUGGUUCGAUUUCAAGACCCCUCGACAGAAGAGGACGUGGUGGAAAGGGACAGCUCAGCGGAGAUUCUCUUUCCAGAAUAUGCCGUUGAGGAGUGGACAUCCACUCCGUUUGAGGACCUGUUUAUGGCAGAGGAUUGGGAGAACAUCACAGAGGAUGGGAUGUUGAGGAAGAAAGUUCUGGAACCAGGAGACAUACAAGUCCCACACUCCACCUGGGGUCAGGAGGUCACUGUGAAGAUGCAGGGUGUUCUUGAGGACCGUACAGUGGUGGAGAAGGACUGCAAGCUUGUCUUUGUCAUUGGAGAGGGAGACGUAAUACAGGCUCUAGAGGAGUGUGUCAUGUCAAUGCAGAAGGGGGAGAUCACAUUACUGCUGGCAGAUUCCCAGUAUGCCUAUGGACUUCUGGGAAGAGAGCCUGAGAUCCCUGCGUGGGCUCCAUUACUCUACCAAUUACAGCUGCUGGACAUCAGAGACAAACCAGACCCGUUAACUCUGCCCAUCACUGACCGCAUCCGCAUCGGCAACCAGAAAAGAGAGCGAGGAAACUUUCACUUCCAGAGAGAGGAGUUCAGCCUCGCUGCCAGAGCUUAUUGUGUGGCCCUGGACGUGCUGACCACACGCACCAAAGAUGGCGAUGAUGUUGGCAUGAAGGAGGAAGAGGAAGAAGUGAGGGAAUAUCGGAUAAAGUGUCUGAACAACCUGGCUGCUGCUCAGCUCAAACUGGAGCAGUUCAGCGAGGCUCUGCAUACCAGCCGGGACGUCCUGACCCUCCAACCGAACAACGUCAAGGCGCUUUUCAGGACUGGAAAGCUGCUGUCAGAUAAGGGCGAAUACAAAGAGGCCAUGGAGGUGCUAAAACAGGCCUUGAAACUGGAGCCAACCACCAAGGCAAUCCAUGCAGAAUUAUCCAAACUCGUCAAAAGACAAUCAGGAGGCCAAGACACGCAGCAGUGGAGAGUCAAACCAGCAAAGGGAAUUUCCUGGAAGUUCAUACUGGGAGCUCUGGUGGUGGCCUUGGGCAGCUUGGUUACAUCCAUGAUUUUGACUGCAAGAAACUGAAAAUCCUCAGCGGGAUGGAAACAUCUCUGAACCACUGGAACCGACUGGUUUUCAUUGGAUCUCCAAUGCAAAAGCAGCACCGGAGCUUUGAACCUGUGAUUUUGAGAGGUUUUUUUUGUAAAAAGCAGAGUUUAGAACAGAGUGAAAUUUUGCACAAAUAGAUUUGUGUCGAUCAAUGCAAGUUUGCAGAAGUUAUUUGCAGUCAGUUUUAUUUGGGGGAGGGAUUGCCUUUA